GAGGCCCAGAGCAGUGAAGCGACUCGCCCAGGGACACAUCACAGAUGAGGUAACCGAGGCACAGAGAAGUGAACCGACAUGCCUAAAGUCGCAUAACAGAGGGAGGAGACGCCGCUUGAGCCAAGGACCGGAGCCAAGACCCCCCCUCCCCCACUCCAUGUUGACCUCGUUCGCAGGCCGUCGCCAUGGCGCCCCCGGCGGAGGUGAGCGACCCGGCGCACGCCCCGGCCCUCCUGCGCCAGCUGAACGAGCAGCGGCUGCACGGCCUCUUCUGUGACGUGACCCUCAUCGCGGGCGACACCAAGUUCCCGGCCCACCGCAGCGUCCUGGCCGCCUCCAGCCCCUUCUUCCGCGAGGCCCUGCUGCCCCCCCCGGCCCCGCCCCCGCCCGGCGGCCCGGCCCCGCCCCCGCCGGCCCGGGUCCUGGAGCUGCCCGGCGUCCCCGCCGCCGCCUUCUCCGACGUCCUCAACUUCAUCUACAGCGCCAGGCUGGCCCUGCCGGGCGACGACGCGGGCGCCGCCCAGAUCGAGGCCCUGGGCCGCCGGCUGGGCAUCCCCCGCCUGCAGGAGCUCGGGGACGGGGACCCCUGGGGGGACCGGGCCGAGGGCCAGGACGAGUGGGCCGGCGACGAGCCCGGGACCACCAAGACGCCGUCGCCGGCCCGGGCCGCCCCGGCCGCCGCGGCACCGGCCGCCCCCCGCCUGCCCCGGCCCCGCCGGCCCCUCUCCUGCCCCCGGUGCGGCAAGGGCUUCAUCCACGCCAAGAGGCUGCAGACGCACGAGACCCAGUGCCGGAGGAGCGCCGGGCGGGCGGUGGGGGCGGCGUGGACCCGUCCCCGCCCUGGCCCCCCCGAGCCCGCGCCCCCUCCUCCCCCGCCGCCCGCGCCGCCCCUGGCUGCGGCCGCCUACCGGGCCGGGCAGGAGCACCUGGUCAAAGUGGUCGGGGGCCACCUGCUGUACGUGUGCGCCGCCUGCGAGCGCAGCUACGUCACCCUGUCCAGCCUGAAGCGCCACGCCAACGUCCACUCCUGGCGCCGCAAGUAUCCCUGCCGCUACUGCGAGAAGGUCUUCGCCCUGGCUGAGUACCGCACCAAGCACGAGGUCUGGCACACCGGAGAGCGGAGGUACCAGUGCAUCUUCUGCUGGGAGACCUUCGUCACCUACUACAACCUCAAGACCCACCAACGCGCCUUCCACGGCAUCAGCCCGGGCUUCCUGGCCAGCGAGAAGACCCCCAACGGCGGCUACAAGCCCAAGGUCAACACCCUCAAGCUUUACCGCCUGCUGCCCAUGCGGGCCCAGAAGCGGCCCUACAAGACGUACAGCCAGGGCGGGGCGCCCCUGCCGGUCGCCCCCUCCGCCCUGGCGCCCCCGGCCCCGGGGGACGCCCCGCCGCCUCCGCCGCCGCCCCCCGCCCAGGAGCCGCGGCCCGAGCCCGGGGUCGCCCCGUCCGUCAUCACCUUCGGCCGGCCGGCCCCGUCGGUCAUCGUGCACAGCGGGACCCUGGCCGGGGCGGUGGCGGGGCCCGUGGCGGCCACCCCGGCCCCCGCCCUGCCGGGGGGCCAGGCCGCCUCGGUCAUCGCCUACAGCUGCCCCCCACGGCCGCCCAAGAAGCGGGAGUACCCGCCCCCCGUGGGGCCGGCGGCGGGGAUGACGACGGCGGCGGCGGCGGCGGGGACGACCGAGGAGGGGCCGGAGCCCAAGGGCCGCGGCGCCCGCCCCGCCCGCACCCUCACCUACACGGCCAAGCCGGCGGGCGGGGCCGGCGAGGGCCGCGGCGGGGCGGGCGGGGGCGGCGCCCCGGGCGGCUCCGGGGGGCCCCCGCCGCUCUGCCAGAUCACCGUACGGAUCGGCGAGGAGGCCAUCGUGACCCGGCGGAUCUCGGAGACCGACCUGCGGCCCGGCGAGACACGGGACGGCGGGGGCGACGGGGAGAGCGAGGACGAGGAGAGCGAGCGGGAGGCCGGCGGGGACGGGGACGAGCUGUGGCGGCCCUACUACUCGUACAAGCCCAAGCGCCGGGGCUGCGGCGGGGGGCCCCCCAAGGUCCGCCGGGCCCCCCGCGGCUGGCGGCGGAAGCCGGAGCGGCGGCCCGCCACGGGAUGGGGGGACGACGGCGCCGGGGCCGAGGCGGGAGCCGGGGGCGAGGCCUCCCCGGCGGGGCGGGCCGGCGACUGGAAGCACCAGUGCGGGGUCUGCGGCAAGAGCUUCUCGGCCCUGAAGAAGCUCCGCAAGCACCAGGAGGCCCACGGGGGCGCCCAGGCGGCCCGUGCCGGCCGCAGGCCGUCGGCCCGCUUCGCCUGCCCGCACUGCGCCAAGGUGUGUAAGACGGCGGCCGCCCUUGGCCGGCACGCGCAGCGGCACGCGGGGGAGCGCGCGCCCCCGGGCGGAGGCGGCGGAGCCCCCACGGCCGUCAUCGCCUACACCAAGGGCCCCGGCGGCGGGGCCUCGGGCGCCCGAGGGCCGGGGCCGGGGCCCGGACAGGGGCCGGGCGUCAAGGAGGAGGAGGCCCCGCAGGAGAUGCACGUGUCGUCGUCCAGCGGGGAGGCCGGCCAGGGCGAGGCGGCGGCGGGCGAGGCGGCGUCCCUGCAGGACCCCGUCAUCUCGGGCGGCGAGGAGCCCGCCGGCUACCCGCCGCAGGAGUUCCCGCUCCCCCUCGUGGGGCCCCGGGCGCGCCGGGAGGGCUGCGCGGCCGCGGCGGCCGAGAAGGGUGGCGGGGGAGGGUACCCCAGCGCCAUCCAGUUCGGGGGCGCCGGGGACGGGGAGGCCGGGCCCAAGGUGGCCUUCUACCCGGAGCCCUACCCCCUGGUCUACGGACCGCAGCUCCUGGCCGCCUACCCCUACAACUUCGGCAACUUGGCCGCCCUCCCCGUGGCCCUCAAUAUGGUCCUGCCCGACGAGAAGGGGGGGGCCCUGCCCUUCCUCCCGGGGGUCUUCGGCUAUGCCGUCAACCCCCGGGCCGCCCCCACCCCG